UCCUCCCUCCUCCAGUGGGCUAAGAGGCAAGCAGGCUCUUUGGGGAGAGAGAAGCUCUUGGCUGAUUGAGCAGCUCCACGUCUUGGCCAUCCUGGAGUUUGAUAUAUAGAAAAGACUGACUUCAGACUCACAGAGAUCCUUCUGCUUCUGCCUCCCAAGUGCUGGGAUCACAGGCAAGAUGUCCUUCGAGGGAGCCAGGCUCAGCAUGAGGAGCCGCAGAAAUGGUACUUUGGGCAGCACCCGGACCCUGUACUCCAGUGUGUCUCGGAGCACAGACGUGUCUUACAGUGACAGUGAUUUGGUGAAUUUUAUUCAGGCAAAUUUUAAAAAACGAGAAUGCGUCUUCUUUACCAGAGACUCCAAGGCCAUGGAGAGCAUAUGCAAGUGUGGUUAUGCUCAGAGCCAGCACAUCGAAGGCACCCAGAUCAACCAAAAUGAGAAGUGGAACUACAAAAAACAUACCAAGGAGUUUCCAACAGAUGCCUUCGGGGACAUUCAGUUUGAGACUCUGGGGAAGAAAGGCAAGUAUUUACGCUUGUCCUGUGACACGGACUCUGAAACCCUCUACGAACUUCUGACCCAGCACUGGCACCUCAAAACACCCAACCUGGUCAUUUCCGUGACGGGUGGAGCCAAAAACUUUGCUUUGAAGCCACGCAUGCGCAAGAUCUUCAGCAGGCUGAUUUACAUCGCGCAGUCUAAAGGUGCAUGGAUCCUCACCGGAGGCACUCAUUACGGUCUGAUGAAAUACAUAGGCGAGGUGGUGAGAGAUAACACCAUCAGCAGGAAUUCAGAAGAGAACAUUGUGGCCAUCGGCAUAGCGGCGUGGGGCAUGGUCUCCAACAGGGACACCCUCAUCAGGAAUUGUGAUGAUGAGGGACAUUUUUCAGCUCAAUACAUCAUGGAUGACUUCACUAGAGAUCCUUUAUACAUCCUGGACAACAACCAUACCCACCUGCUGCUUGUGGACAACGGUUGUCAUGGACACCCCACGGUGGAAGCCAAGCUCCGGAAUCAGCUGGAAAAGUACAUCUCUGAGCGCACCAGUCAAGAUUCCAACUAUGGUGGUAAAAUCCCCAUCGUGUGUUUUGCCCAAGGAGGUGGAAGAGAGACUUUGAAAGCCAUCAACACAUCCGUCAAAAGUAAGAUUCCCUGUGUGGUGGUGGAAGGCUCAGGGCAGAUUGCCGACGUGAUCGCCAGCCUGGUGGAGGUGCAGGAUGUUUUAACCUCUUCCAUGGUCAAAGAGAAGCUGGUACGGUUUUUACCACGCACUGUGUCCCGACUGCCUGAAGAGGAGAUUGAGAGCUGGAUCAGAUGGCUCAAAGAAAUUCUUGAGAGUUCCCACCUCCUCACAGUCAUUAAGAUGGAAGAGGCUGGAGACGAGAUUGUGAGCAACGCCAUUUCCUAUGCGCUGUACAAAGCUUUCAGCACUAAUGAGCAAGACAAGGACAACUGGAACGGACAGCUGAAGCUUCUGCUGGAGUGGAACCAACUGGACCUUGCCAGUGAUGAGAUCUUCACCAAUGACCGCCGCUGGGAGUCUGCCGACCUUCAGGAAGUCAUGUUCACAGCCCUCAUCAAGGACAGGCCCAAGUUUGUCCGCCUCUUUCUGGAGAAUGGCCUGAACCUACAGAAGUUUCUCACCAAUGAAGUCCUCACAGAACUCUUCUCCACCCACUUCAGCACCUUAGUGUACCGGAACCUGCAGAUUGCCAAGAACUCCUACAAUGAUGCACUCCUCACCUUUGUUUGGAAGUUGGUGGCAAACUUUCGUAGAAGCUUCUGGAAAGAGGACAGAAGCAGCAGGGAGGACUUGGAUGUGGAACUCCAUGAUGCAUCUCUCACCACUCGGCACCCGCUGCAAGCUCUCUUCAUCUGGGCCAUUCUUCAGAACAAGAAGGAACUUUCCAAGGUCAUUUGGGAGCAGACCAAAGGCUGUACUCUGGCAGCCUUGGGGGCCAGCAAGCUUCUGAAGACCUUGGCCAAAGUUAAGAAUGAUAUCAACGCUGCUGGAGAAUCGGAGGAACUGGCCAAUGAGUAUGAGACCCGAGCAGUGGAGUUGUUCACUGAGUGCUACAGCAGCGAUGAAGAUUUGGCAGAACAGCUACUGGUCUACUCCUGUGAAGCCUGGGGUGGGAGCAACUGCCUGGAGCUGGCAGUGGAGGCCACAGACCAGCAUUUCAUUGCUCAGCCUGGGGUCCAGAAUUUUCUUUCUAAGCAGUGGUAUGGAGAGAUUUCCCGAGACACGAAGAACUGGAAGAUUAUCCUAUGUCUAUUCAUCAUCCCCCUGGUGGGCUGUGGCCUCGUAUCAUUUAGGAAGAAGCCCAUUGACAAGCACAAGAAGCUGCUCUGGUACUACGUGGCCUUCUUCACUUCACCCUUCGUGGUUUUCUCCUGGAACGUGGUCUUCUACAUCGCCUUCCUCCUGCUGUUUGCUUACGUGCUGCUCAUGGACUUCCACUCAGUGCCGCACACCCCCGAGCUGGUCCUCUACGCCCUGGUCUUCGUCCUUUUCUGUGAUGAAGUGAGACAGUGGUACAUGAAUGGAGUGAAUUAUUUCACCGACCUAUGGAAUGUUAUGGACACACUAGGACUCUUCUACUUCAUAGCGGGUAUUGUAUUCCGGCUCCACUCUUCUAAUAAAAGCUCACUGUACUCCGGGCGAGUCAUUUUCUGUCUGGAUUACAUCAUAUUCACCCUGCGGCUCAUCCAUAUCUUCACCGUUAGCAGGAACUUGGGACCCAAGAUUAUAAUGCUGCAGCGGAUGCUGAUCGACGUUUUCUUCUUCCUGUUUCUCUUUGCUGUGUGGAUGGUGGCCUUCGGAGUGGCCAGACAGGGGAUCCUGAGGCAAAAUGAACAGCGCUGGAGGUGGAUCUUCCGCUCUGUCAUCUAUGAGCCCUACCUGGCCAUGUUUGGCCAGGUGCCCAGUGACGUGGAUAGUACCACAUAUGACUUCUCCCACUGCACCUUCUCGGGAAAUGAGUCCAAGCCACUGUGUGUGGAGCUGGAUGAGCACAACAUGCCCCGAUUCCCUGAGUGGAUCACCAUCCCACUGGUGUGCAUCUACAUGCUCUCCACCAACAUCCUUCUGGUCAACCUCCUGGUCGCCAUGUUUGGCUACACAGUGGGCAUUGUCCAGGAGAACAAUGAUCAGGUCUGGAAAUUCCAGCGGUACUUCCUGGUGCAAGAGUACUGCAACCGUCUAAACAUCCCCUUCCCCUUCGUCGUCUUCGCCUACUUCUACAUGGUAGUGAAGAAAUGUUUCAAAUGCUGCUGUAAAGAGAAGAAUAUGGAGUCUUCUGCUUGCUGUUUCAGAAAUGAGGACAAUGAGACUUUGGCAUGGGAGGGCGUCAUGAAGGAGAACUACCUUGUCAAGAUCAACACAAAAGCCAAUGACAACUCAGAGGAGAUAAGACAUCGGUUUAGACAACUAGAUACAAAGCUUAACGAUCUCAAAGGUCUUCUGAAAGAGAUUGCUAAUAAAAUCAAAUAAGGUGGGCGAACACUCGUGGAGAAACCAAAUUACGAUGAGGUCAAACCAAACAGCUGGAUUUGGAGGCUCAUGGGUCACUGAUGGACAGUACUGUUAUUAACUUCUAAAGGAGACAUUUUCAGGUCUCUGAGCACAGGGUGGAUGACUCCUAGUCACCCUCGAGAGCAUAGGUCAGGGAGCAAAGUGUACAGAAAACACUGCACGUGAAGAGAGGUGCAAAGGACUGUGUUCCUCUGUGAAGGUGCCUUUGUCUUCUUGCAUCUCAGAGCCUUGUACUGAUGCUGAGGGUUUGAGUGCUGACACACCUUUCCCACCUUCGCCUCAUGCACCUCUAAUGACUAUGACUUUGGCCCUGAUUUCAUACCUAUA